ACCUAAACUUUCACUUUUUUUCCAAGAUGGCAGCCGCUCAGCAACUUGGAGGACGGAGGGUGUGGGUUCGGCACCAAAUUGAGCUGUUACAGCGAAUUAGCCGACAGAGAGAAGAGGACAAAUACACGGACUUCACGCUGAAGUCCAAGGGAAAGGAAUUCCGCGUCCACCGCAAUGUGCUGGCCGCUUGUAGCCCGUACUUCGACACACUCUUUCAGACAAACAUGAUGGAACAGCAGAGUGGGAUGGCGACCUUGAACUUCACCUCUGCAGAGGUCAUGGAGGAGCUGCUGGCGUACAUGUACUCCGGUUCGCUGCGGAUACAGGAGGACAUGGUGGAGGAACUACUGAAGACAGCAGACCACCUGCUGAUGGCGGAGGUCAAAGAGCUGUGCAUCCAGUACCUCCUAGAACAGCUGGAUGUGUCCAACUGCCUGGCCAUGAAGGCGUUGGCUCAGGUGUACAAGGCCGAUCAUCUCCUCAAAGCUGCCAACGAGACCAUCCGCAAGAACGUCCACGCUGUCAUCAAACGGGAGGAAACUCUGGACAUCCCCCUCCAGAGCGUACAAGAGCUCUUAGCGGACGAUCUUUUGCAAGUAGCAAAGGAGGAGGAACUGUUUGGCUACCUUGUGUCAUGGACCAAGCGCGAUUUGCCAGAGAGAAAGGACCAUUUCCCAUCUCUAUUUUCAAACAUUCGACUCACCGACAUUCCAAAAAGAUACUUGGAAGAAUAUGUGAAGACAGAGCAGUUAGUAACGGAGAGUGAGGAGUGCCAGAAAUACAUUGCCAAGCAGACGUCUACAUCUGAGGAAGAAUCGUCUGGACAAUUGAACGCAAGGUCUGGAAAGAUGGAGGAGGUUGUCAUGGUAACAGGCGGGGUGAGCAGGUCGCCAGGCAAUGAGGAGGGGACCACGGAGAUGCUGUGUUAUCUACCCAGGAAGGACACAUGGUGCCAGCUUUGUCCUCUUAACUACGCGGUCACGUUUAACGCAAUAGCGGCGCUGAAUGGAAAGGUUUAUGUGGCGGGAGGACGGUUGUGGCCUGAGAAUCGCGUGACUUCCUUUGUUUCAUGCUACUCCGUCGUGGAGAACUCCUGGACGAGGGUACGCAACAUGAGUGCCAAGAGAGCAAACUUCGCUCUGGUGCCUUGCAAUGGCUGCUUGUACGCCAUCGGUGGGAAGAGCGAGAGGAUAUUCCUGGGCGGCUCCAUUGGCGAGGUUCCCGUGACAACGGUAGAGCGGUACUACGAAGCCAAUCACACCUGGUCUUACAUCCCAUCCAUGACCAAAGUCUGCAGUGAUGUUGAGGCAGUCGCGACAAGCGACCACAUCUACCUAACCUUCGGAAAGGACCAAAACGGUACAAACAUUGCUGGCAAUGGCCAUCUACCCUACUACAAUGUGAAAACAAAUGUCUGGAGCAAAGUGUCUGCAACUUGCCCAAUUUCGAUGAGCAGGGGGGCAGACGACGAGAAUCAGAUCAUGGUAUCCUUUCUCAGGGACAACAAGAUUCACUUUCUCGGCCUCGUAGACGGCGACUCAACCACUGACGGAUUCUACCAGUACUACGACAUCGCCGCUGACCAGUGGACUGCAGUGACCAUUGACUGGCCAGUAUUUAGUCCUGGUGUUAUUUUGCCUCAGAACAUUUCACUCUACACACCCGUCCACAACGGAAACAUCUUUAUAUGCUGCACUCUGGACAAUGACAACAUAGGUGUAAACAGUGAGAAGACGUACUACCGUGGACACAUGUUGACUCUGAAGGAUAAGUUCCUAGAUCUCGAGCGUACAUAUACAACAACGGGUGUGUCUUCAGUCAGACCAGCUCCAACGUCCUCAGGAUGUCAUCUCGACAUUCCACAGAAGCACCUAAGAGCCUUUGCAAAAGACGUGACAAUGUCAAUGCCAUUGUUGUAAUUGGUUUUGGUAAUAGUGCGAUAAUGUAAGUUAAGUCUGGACCACUGCAAUGUUUUUCUCCAGUCUUCAGGGAGCACCAAGGUUUCACCAAAUACAUGUAUUACAAAUGUGUGAUUUUUUAAAUAUUUUGACAAGCUGUAUAAUGUGGUAAAACACUAUAAAGCUGAUUUAAGGAACAAUAUGUACAUGUAAGGAUAUGUAAGUAAUGCAGAAUAUGUUUUCUAGGCCAUCCAAAGCUUAACAAUUUUUGCUGUCACAUGAGAUAGAUAUUCGAGUAAAGAACUUUGCA